AUGUUUGAAUCCAACGAAUUAUAUGAUCAGUCAAAUUCAGUUGAACCAAACGAAUUACAUGAUUCUGUAAGAAGCUAUACAUAUGAGAAAAACUAUUGGAAACUUAAAGCUAUUCAGAAGGAAAUUGAACAACCAGAUGAUGAAACCCCCCAAUCAAGAGAUCAAUAUCCAUUCUCGAAUAAGCAUUAUGAAGAUGGUGAUGAAAUACAAACUGACAUAUCUUUUGAAACUACAGAGAUUAAUAAAACCCAACGGAGUUCCAUUCCAAUUGGUCUAUUAGGUAUAAUUGAACAAAAAUGUAAACAAACAAAGGAAGAAGGUAUCACAUUCAAUAUUAUGGUUGCUGGACAAGUUGGUGUCGGUAAGACUACAUUAAUCAAUUCCUUAUUUGAUACAAUAUUAAUAAAUGAGAAUAAUAAUGAUAUUAAUUCUCGAAUUAAUGGUGAACAAUUACAAAUAAAUAAAUUUGUCUUAGAGAAUAACGACAUGAAAUUGAACUUUACUUGUAUUGAAACAAGUAAUUAUGGUAAUCAACGUGAUAAUUCUUUUGCUUGGACACCAAUUACAACAUAUAUUGAUGAACAAAUAAAAUAUUAUGUAUUUGAAGAGGAACAACCUAUAAGAAAUAAGAUUAGAGAUAAUAGAGUCCAUUGUUGUUUAUAUCUAAUUGAGCCCAAUGGUAGUGAAAGACAACCAAUUAAAUUAUUAGAUAUUUUGUCAAUGAAAGAAAUUUCUAAAAAAUGUAAUUUAAUUCCAAUAAUUGUUAAGACAGAUAUUUUAAAUUAUGACGAAAUUAAAAAAUUUAAAAGACAAAUUAAAGAAAUUUUUCAAAUUCAAAAGAUUGAGGUUUGUAAAUUUUUAAAUGAUUAUUAUAGAGAAGAAGAAGAACCAGAUUUAUUAAAACAAAUUGAAAUGAAUAUACCAUUUAGUAUAGUUACAUCACAAACACAUAUUUCUACUAAAUUAGGUAGAAAAUAUAAUUGGGGUGAAAUAAUAAUUGAAGAUGAAAAGAAUGAAAAUGAAUUUCUUAAAUUACAAAAUUUUUUAUUAAAUGAACAAAUUGUAUCAUUAAUUAAAAGUACUGAAUCAUAUUAUGAGAUACAACGUAAUAAUAUAUUAAAAUUACGUAAUGAAAAAGUUAAAAAUCAUUUAAACCAAGAUGAAGGAAAUAAGGAAAUUUUAAAUGAUUUAAAUUUUUUUAAUACUUAUUGUUAUAAUAAUUUUAAUAAAAAAAAGAUGGAUGAAAUAUUUAUUGAAUGGUCACCACAAUAUAUAUCAAAACAAUUACAAUUUCAACAAAAAUUUAAUGUAAUAUUACAAAUUGAAGAAGAUAAAUUUAAAGAAUGGAAACGUCAUUUAUUAGAGAAGCAAACAAUUUUUAAUCAAUCUAUUGAAUUAUUAUACAGAGAUUUAGAUUUAUUAAAAUUACAAUGUCAAGAAUUAGAAUAUCAAGUUGUUACAGGUCGAACAUUGCCAUCAAUGAUAGAUGUUCAUAAUACUAAUUCGAGAAAAGAACAUGAAACAGAAUUAAUUUUACCAUCAACAAUAGAUCAUAGUACUACUACAUUAGUUACUUUAAAUGUUCCUCGAAAGUAA